AUGUUGCAACCAGAUUCCUGUGCGUGUGGGAUGAACAAUUUAGAAUUGUUCCAAGUCCACCCGACUAAUAUUGCUUUAGAAGACUCCAAAUGGGAAGAAUAUUACCCCAUUUCCAGUACUUUAGAUUCGGAUACGGCUCCCAUUGAAUUUGAAAUUAAUGGACAAGGAGAUCAAUAUCUGGAUUUAUCUCAAACGUAUGUUCAAAUAGUGUGUAAAUUUACCAAAGAUGAUGGUACUAAUCUGACUGGAGGUGGGAAUACUUGCGCCCCGGUGAAUAAUAUCUUACAUUCCUUGUUUACGGAAAUCGAUCUCAGUGUCAAUGGAAAAAUAGUGACUCCUGGAACCGAUACUUAUCCUUACAAAGCUCAUCUGGAGAAAUUACUUUCUUACAAACCCAGAACUUUAAUGACACAGAUGAGAGCUUGUAGUCUGUGGGAAAAAGAUGCAGCAGGACACAUGGACGAAGUAGAAGUAGCAGACCUUGGAGUGGCUCAAAAUAAGACAUUUGAUGUAACCCCAGGUGUAAGUGGUGGUGCUGAUACUGUGACCAUUAACCAACCUAUCAUCCCAGAGUUACCGGCCAAUUCUAAAAACGAAGGAUUUAGAAAACGUCACCAGGCUAUAAAUGAUAGAACUCAAUCUAAAAUCACGGAUCAUCUGUUUCAAGGCCAGAUGCCUAAACGCAUCAUUUUAGGCUUUGUGGACAAUGCGGCUUUUAACGGAGAUAAAACUAAAAGUCCGUUUCAUUUCCAAAACGUGGGAAUUAAGAAAUUAGAUGUCAGUAUCAACGGAGAGACCAUGAGUACUCGUUGUUUCGAACCUAAUUUCAAUGAAGACUUAUAUCUGAGAUCUUAUCUGAGUUUAUAUCAAGCACUGGGAAAAUUAGAAGAAGACUGGGCCCCGGACAUCACCCUAGAAGAGUAUAAAAACGGAUACACUUUAUGGGGCUGGGAAUUCACGAAAGAUCAAGAAGCGCAAUCGGAUAAAUUCCAUAUCAUAGAAACCGAAAAUCUGAAAGUAGAAGUCCAAUUUACGAACAAUACGGUGAACACCUUAAAUUGUGUGGUGUAUGCAGAAUUCGAUAAUCUGUUAGAAAUUAACAAACAGAGAGAAGUCAGUAUUGAUUAUUAA